AAACGAAGGAUCCAACUUUAUCAAUAUUUAAUUCUUUAAUGGAUAUAUGUUUCGGUUUACUUCAUAAAGUUGGAUCCUUCGUUUAACAAGAAGGAUCUGAAUGUUUGUGGACGAGCUUUGCAACAAUGGGGAUGAGGUUUAAGAACAGGGUACCAGAUUCGCAUUGAUGAGUGUAGGAAGAGACUAAAUUGGCUACGCGGACGGGCUGAUAACAGAAGUCGCUUGGAGUUUCAAAGGGUUAAGGCAAACUACUUAAAUCUUUUGGAAGAGCAAAAUACAUUAUGGAAGCAACGAUCUAAAGAGUUUUGGCUAAAAGAGGGCGAUGUAAAUUCUAAAUUUUUGCAUAACGCAAUCACACAGAGACGUCGGCAAAAUAAAAUGUUGAGUUUAACAAGCUCAGAAGACGGGUGGAUUGAAGACAAGAAGGAAAUGGAGAAAAUAAUUUAUGAUUACUUUGAGACUAUUUUCUCAUCAUCUGCACAAGCUGGGUGGAACUUUCAACUGGGUAAUCUGCGAAAGGUGACUGUGCAGUAGAAGGACCAAUUAUUAUGUCCUUUGCGAGGAGACGAGAUAAGAAAGGCGGCUUUUGGUAUGUUUCCAGAUAAAUCUACGGGACCGGAUGGGAUGAAUCCAUGCUUUUUCCAACAUUUUUGGAGUAUUGUAGGUCCUGAUGUGGUUUGUUUCUGCUCUGGACUUUUUAACGAGGGCAGAGUGCCAAAGGAGGCUAUUAUGCUUGAUAUGGGUUUUGCAGAGCGAUGGGUGAACUUGAUCAUACAAUGUGUUUCAACUGUUGAAUAUUUUAUCCCGUUUGACAAAACAUUAAUAGACCCGAUUCGACCGAAACGAGGGAUUAGACAGGGGAUCCUUUAUCAUCAUGUUUAUUUAUUUUGGUUGCCGAAGGAUUUAGUUCAUUGCUUAUACACGAGGAGUCUCAGGGGCACUUUACUGGAGUGGCAAUUGCUCGGGAAGCUCCAAAGAGAUGUGUGAUGAGAUCGAGAAACUUAUGAACGAAUAUUAGUGGAAAGGGAUUCAGUGGAGGAAUGUGUAUACCAAAGAAGCAAGGGGUCUGGAUUUUCGAAGAUUACGGGAGUUUAACGUGGCUGUGCUGGGAAAACAAGCAUGGAGGCUUAUAAAAGAGCCUUAUUCAUCGGUGAACAGAAUUCUUAAGGCACAUUACUAUCAGUCAUUUUUUUUGGGCAAAAGUUGGAGCAAAUCCAUCAUAUACGUGGCAGAGCAUUAUGGAAGCUAAAGAAGUGGUCAACUUGGGAACUAUACGAAGGGUGGGGGAUGGAAAGGAAACCAUGGUGUGGGGUCAUGUGUGGUUUCCUGGGAAGGGCGAUGGGGUGCGAGAUAUGAAUGUGGCAACACUUCUCAAAGAAGAUGAGAAGUCUUGGAACUCUCCUAGAAUCAAGGAAUUGUUCAAUGAGGAGGAUGUUAAUUAAAACUUUUAGUUGGGUGGGUGAACCGAAAGGUGGAUGGGUUUUCUGUCCGUAGUUGUUAUCGGUUGCUUGUGGGUGAGGCAAGUUCGACAGGAUGGGUUGGAUGGACGAGGAUGUGGGAUUUCCAUUUACCUCUUAAAAUAAAAUUAUUUUUUAAUUUGGGCAAUUAAUGAACGGGCUACUUCUGACUAAUGAUCAUCUCAGGAAGCGAGGAGUAGGAGUUGAUCCCCUUUGUAAAGUCUGUGAGAAGGAGGGAGAAUCGAGCAUUCAUCUUUUUAGGGACUGUUUAAUUGAUAAACAGGUUUGGAACGAUGUAGUAUUUUUAUUACUAUGUUAUGGAGCUUAUGAAGAGGUCCAAAUGCAACGGUGUGGCAGCGACAUAAACUGGGGAAUAUCAGACCUUUUAGAAUUGCGGGACAACCCUUUUCAAGGAAUGGCGUGCUGCCCAGAUUGCUAGCAAGAAGACAGAAGGCAGUAGUGUAGGGAAAACAUGGUUUUUCUUUUGUUCUUUUAUUUUCCGAAAUUAAGAAAUUGGAAGAAGGAACUUGACAAAGAACUGGCACGGGUUCAGUCAAAGUGUGUGCACCGCACACUAUCCUUAAAACUAAUUCACUGCCUCCCACGGUGCUAGGAGCGUUGCAGUGUCAGUUUCCAAGGAUACGAUGAGUAACGAACAACUCUAUUGAGCACUCGAUAGGUUCUUCCGGUGAACUGGAACAAAGGAUAGAACUCGGGGAGUUUUAUCGGAAGUUUGGCAAAGUUUUCUCUCUGAAGACUAUGCAAACGAGUAUUUUGUGUGCUCAAGUCGUGUGUUCUCUCUUGUUGUUGUGUCACUAAUGUCACCCCCUUAAUUCAAAAUUUGCUGCCAAGCUUUUAUUGGGGAGGAGGGGCCUUUUUUAUUAAAUAUGCAUUCAAUAACACACUUAUUGUGUGAAACAUCCCAUCAAACACACAAUUAUUGUGUUGUAAUGAUUUUGAACGUUUCAGACCAUGUAAUUAAACCAUAUUUUAAUCACAUUUUUCAGUUUCUAACCGUUAGGCAACGUUCAAAACUCUAGCACUCUAACAGUUCGAUGAGAGGUUAGAACGACCAUUAUCCAACGGUUGUUCUACCUUCGGAAAUUUCCAACUUCUCCAUCUCAACAAGUGAACUUCAAGAAUCAAUUUCUAAUUCACUCAUUAUCCAUUUUGAGUGUACCACAUAUCGAAUUGAACCCCUUACAAAAGGAGAAUUCGAAACCACUUUGACCUGACUCAAAUUGAAAGUAGGUCUCACUAAAAAUACUGCUAAAAAUUGCCACUUAAUGCAAUUCUUAAUACAAUUUUCCAACGCUAGAGGUUUGAAGGCAAGAGAAAAUGGCAACGGCCAUCAAGGGGAUGCAUAAAAAUCGACGUCGAUGUAGUCUUGGAUAUGCAGCGGGGUUGGUGCGGUUUAGCAAUGGUGGCUAGAAGGGAGAAUGACAGUUUUUUAAUUGCAAGAAGGGAGGCUCAUGCUGUUAACUGGGAACAAAAAAUGGCUGAGGCGAUGGCUGUCUGAGAGGCAAUUAAAUGGGCGGUAGUUCAAGGAUGGGAAUCGGUGGAAAUCGAGACAGACGCACAACUAGUCAGCGCCGGAGUUGCUUCGGAGUCGGGUUCUUCAUUUUUUGAUAUUCUUAUUGAUGAUAUUAGACAAAUGAUAGCUUUACAAGCAAUUUUUUUAGUCAAAUAUGUUGCACGAUAUGCGAAUCACGUAGCUCAUGUUUUAGCACGAGUUGCCGUUUCUAUGUCAGAUUGUAAGGAAUUUUUUAAUUCUCUCCAUGAAUGUAUUGUGAGCCCUUUUGGCUAAUGACUUAAUUGACUGAUGAGAAGUUAGUUUUAUUUAUAAAAAAAACAUAUCACUUUGGUGAUCUUGUUUUUCGGUUUGGCAA